AUGGAUUGCCAGCCAGGCGAUGCCUCUUCCAGCGAGCGCAUGACGAAAGGAGAGCGCAGCGAACGUUUAGAGAAAGUGAUCAAACAUAUACUGGAGACUUCCUCCCUCGACAACGAAGAGCUACGCAUCAUGUCCGAUUCAAUACCUGAAUCGACUGAUUUUGGAAAUAUCAGUCACUCUACUGCUACCGAGAACUCUCUUUCAACAUUUUCUCGCCAGCUUGAGAAGAAGCUUGGUGAUGCGGGCGCCGACAUCCUGGAGACAGGGAACAGCGAGCACGAGUGCGCGAAGCCGUACCAUGGCGUUUAUUCUGAUAGCGAGAUCUCGGUCGCUGUCCUGGGUACUCUGCCCUCGAAAGCUGUCGCAAUCUGUCUUGCUGAAGUCUGCUUCGCGCGAGUGCAAUGCAACAGCUUCUAUGCUGACGAAAAUUGGGCAAAGAGGCAAAUUGAUCACAUUUACUUAACCAGCGCAACACUCUCGGAAAGGAACAUCCCCAUGCUUGCCACGAUCAUGAUGAUCAUGGCACUUGGGACACAAUUCUCCGCUGAUACGUCUCACGAAUCACUUGGUCCGCUUCUAUAUGAGCGGACGAUCAGUAUGCUUCCUGAACUGAUACGUCGCUCAGAUUUCGAAAGUGUUCGGGCUUGUCUUCUGAUUGCUACAUUUCUUUUCCCCAUCGAUCAUUCCGGGGCUGCGUACACCUACCUUGGUCUAGCACUACACAUGGCUAUCAGAAACAAGAUGCAUAAGCAUGCCCACGACGAAGUACAAGUAAGGGUCUGGUGGACGUUAUAUACUUUCUACCAGCGCGCACGAAUUAUCCAUGGCUACCCCAAGACCCUCUCUUAUGGUGAGGUCGAAGUUCGUCGGCCACGCCUAGAUCCGGUGCUUGAGCCUCGGAAUGGUCCGUCCAACUUUCUCAACCAAGUGACGCUGAUAGAGAUCACCAUUACGCUUGAGAAGAUUGCGUAUGAACUCGCAUUGUUGCGAAAGGAGCGGAAGCCUGCGCAUAUUGCGAACCUUCUGGUGCACAGGCGUAACAUGUUAGAGCUCGAGGACGAGCUACCUCAUCUGGACAUUCAAGAGGACAAAGGUCGCUUGCGUUUGGACAUACAUCUCCAUCUCCACUAUUGGCAUGCUCGUUUGUUCGUCGGGCGCCCGUUCCUCCUUGAGCAACCAUCACCACACGAGCAGCCCUUGAGACAUCCGGCCCAGACACCAUCAAGUAGUCUCUCUUCUAGCACACUAUUGCGCCACGAUGCUGUGCAUGCUGCAGAGAAAAUCGUUCAGCUGUGUCAGCUCGUCCAUGAAAACAUUGGUCUCGCUCGUGCUUCGUACGCCACAGAAUUUACCUCUUUACGAGCGGCAAUGCUUGUCUUGAUAGCGAGAUGCAUCACCGAUAUGGCACCCACCAUUAGUGAUCUUCUAAAACAGGGUCUCGAGUUGAUCCAGCAGAUGUCGCUCGGUCAAGGCCAAGCCAGCGCAGAAACGCGUGUCGUCGUCGCCUUGCAGCGUGCUAUCGUUCGACUACACAAACGAACGUCCUCUAUCGAGACUCACCCUACAACCGAACCAUUGACCGACCAAAUGAGACAAUGGGAGAUGCUCUGGCAGCAACAGUCACCUGACUUCACCCAAUAUUUUGGGGAUCUACCGAACGACGAUACAUUCGUGCACGAAACGGUGUUAAACACGGACCCCACUAGGUCUGAUAGAAUUGAUGUAUUCAACCAAAGCCAUGAGGACAUGUGGAGUGCGAUAUUCAAUGCUCAGUUAGACGAAUUCAGCCUUAUCUCUGCUGUCAACGGGAGUCUUGACUACCCGGGCUUCUCCGAGCUAGGAUGA